AUGGUUAAACUCUUUGAACACGCUGUCCUCGCUGCUCUCGCUGCUUGCGCCAUGGCGAAGCAUAUUGCCGAGCCUGCCGUAACAGCACCACCGUCACUUCAGAAAAGAGCAACAAGCUGCACAUUCUCAGGGUCGCAAGGCGCAUCUUCGGCUAGUGUCUCACAGAAAUCAUGCUCUACGAUCAUCUUAUCCGAUGUCGCUGUGCCCUCUGGUGUAACGCUGGAUCUUAGUGAUCUGCCAGAUGAAACAACCGUCAUCUUCGAGGGAGAAACAACCUGGGGUUAUGAAGAGUGGGAUGGUCCUCUGCUUCAAAUAUCCGGUACAGGUAUUACGAUCGAAGGCGCUUCCGGGGCAUACCUGAAUGGAAACGGGGCCCUGUGGUGGGAUGGGGAGGGUAGCAAUGGAGGAAAGACAAAGCCCAAGUUCUUCUAUGCCCAUGAUUUAACAGACUCUACAAUCACGAAUCUUCACAUCCAGAACACCCCCGUUCAGGCUGUGAGCAUUGACAACGCCGAUGGUCUGACGAUCACAGACAUGACUAUCGACGAUUCAGAUGGUGACAGCGAGGGUGGUGCGAAUACCGAUGGCUUCGAUAUCGGCUCCAGCACUAAUGUUAUUAUCACUGGUGCCAAUGUAUAUAACCAGGACGACUGCAUUGCAAUCAAUUCUGGUACGGAAAUUACCGUUGAAAACAGUGUUUGCUCCGGAGGACAUGGCUUGUCUAUUGGCAGUGUCGGUGGCCGCGACGACAACACUGUAGAUACAGUUACCUUCAAUAACAAUGAAGUCAAGAGCUCUGUCAAUGGUAAGGCCACAUCUAGCAAUCUAUCAAACCAGGGCUUAUUCCUCAUGUUGCUCAAUACAGGCAUUCGCAUCAAAGCCACAGAAGGGGAUACCGGGUCUAUCAAGGGUGUAACCUACUCCGAGAUUACUCUCGAAGAUAUUUCCAAAUACGGAAUCCUCAUUGAACAAAACUAUGACGGCGGUGAUCUUAAAGGAGAUCCGACAUCAGGCAUCCCGAUCACUGACUUGACUAUCGAAAACAUUUCCGGAACGGAUGCAGUAGAUUCCGAUGGAUACAAUAUUGUCAUUGUCUGCGGUUCCGACGCCUGUUCUGAUUGGACGUGGAGUGAUGUUAACAUUAGCGGUGGGAAAACUUAUAGUGACUGUGAGAAUGCUCCUAGUAGUGCUAGCUGCUCAUAG